AUGUAAGAAGAUUUGUAUGAGGUUUUUGCUUCAUCAGUAGAAGUUGAUUAAUCUAUUUUCAGUGAUGCUUUUGAAAAUUUAAAAACAGAAAACUAUUUCGAUUUUCUUUCAAAAGAUGAUAAUUAAAGAGGCGUAAACAAAUACUAUUUAUCUAAUGAAAAUAUUUAGAAGUUGAAUGGUGGAAGCAUUCAUUUUGAGAAAAUAACUAAUAUUAUCAAAAUAAUUAAGGAUCAUGACUUUAGUAGAAAAAUUAUUCCUCUUUCACUUACAUAGAAACUAGAGUAGAUUUAAUUAAAAAAAUAUCAAAAGAUAUUAAGAUUAUCUAAUUGUUAAAACUCUUAAUUCGUCUAACUUCCUUAGAUAAGAGAUUUAUCUAAUGUGGAUCAAAUUCUUUCAAUUUAUUGGUUGAAAUGAAGAUUGAUUUGACAAAUCAAAAUUUUAGAAAAUAUUAAGAUUAAAAACACAACUUUAAUAGGAGCAAAUCUUGUAAGAUGUAACUUGAGUGGGUCAGAAUUCGAAAAUGUAAAUAUAAGUGGAGUGAAUUUAAAUGGAGCUUAAUUAUUUAAUUGCAAAUGGGAAAACCUAAAAAUAGAUAGCUUACAUCAAUUAACUGGUCAUAAAGAUCGUAUAAAUUAACUUUGCUUCUCUCCUGAUGAUAAUUAACUAGCACCUUGUAGUAAUGAUGAUUUCAUUUGUUUAUGGAAUGUAAAAAGAGGAAAAAUAAGGAAUGUAUUGUAAGGAAAACGCUGGAUAAAGUUGAUCUGCUUCUCAAAUAUUGGCACCAUAUUAGCAUUUAAUAGUUAUUAAUUUAUUAAUUUAUGGAAUCUUAAAACUAUGAAACAAUAAAGAAUAUUAGUCGGUCGUAAUCGUUGUAUCAACUCAGUUUGCUUCUGUCCUGAUGGUUCUACAUUAGCAUCUGGUGGUAAAGAUAACUCGAUAUGUUUAAGGGAUGUAAAGAUCGGAAUUAAAAAUUCAAAUUAGAUGGUCAUUCUAAUGAAGUUUUAUAAGUUUGUUUCUCUCCAGAUGGUACCAUAAUAGCAUCUGGGAGCUGGGAUAACUCAAUCUGUUUAUGGGAAGUUAAGACAGGGUAAUAAAAAGCCAGAUUAGAUGGUCAUACUCAUUAUGUCAACUCAGUUUGCUUUUCUCCUGAUGGUUCUACAUUAGUAUCUGGUAGUUAUGACAAAUCUAUCCGUUUAUGGGAUAUUAAAACAGGAUAAUAAAAAGCAAAGUUAGAUGGUCAUACUCAUUAUAUCAACUCAGUUUGCUUUUCUCCUGAUGGUACUACAUUAGUAUCUGCCAGUUAGGAUAAGUCUAUUCGUUUAUGGGAUGUUAAAGCAAGAUAUUAAAAGGCAAAAUACGAAGGUCAUAGUAAUUCAGUCAGAUCCGUUUCCUUCUCUCCAGAUUGUAGUACAUUAGUAUCAGGUGGUGAGGAUAAAUCGAUUCGUUUAUGGGAUGUUAAGAUAGGUUAAUAAAAAGCCAAAUUGGAUGGUCAUGCUCAUUCUGUCAAUUCAUUAUGCUUUUCUCCUGGUGGUUCUACACUGGUGUCUGGUAGUUAUGAUAAAUCUGUCCGUAUAUGGGAUGUUAAAUUAAGUCAACAAAUGUUACCUUUAAGUAAUGACAAAGGUACUCUAGCAUAAUUUUAACCCAGAAUAUUUACUAACAAUGUACUUCAAGAAAUUGGUGUUAUUUUUCACUAUUCCUUAGCUGCCUCAAAUAUUUGUAUACAUAUAAUGUCACAAUAGUUAAUAUUUUAAUCAACUGGGGCUUUAAUCUUCAAAGGCGAAUUUGUGAAUCAAUCAGCAAUUAAUUUGAGGUCAAUAUUUAAACAAAAAGGAGGGAUUAUUUUGGAAAAUCAAAUAGAGUUGCAAUUGGAAUAAAAUUGA